GCAUCAGACCGGAGGUUUGGCAUCCAGGCACAGCUGGUUACAACUGACUUCCAGAAACUCUUCCCUAUGGGAGAGAGACUCUUCAUCGGGCUGGCAGGCCUUGCCACAGAUGUACAGACAGUAUCUCAAAGGCUGAAGUUCCGCUUGAACUUGUAUGAGCUGAAGGAAGGUCGUCAGAUCAAGCCGAAGACCUUCAUGAGCAUGGUGUCCAACCUUCUGUAUGAGAGGAGGUAAAAAUGCAUGUCUGUACACAUGCUAGUCACUGUUUA